AUCCCAUGUUAUCAUAACCUCACAAGGGGUGUUGCGUUCUCGACAUACCCCCCUCCCUCCAACAACCUAAGCACGGGAGCACAAACGCCUUACGCGGGACGAGGUGGCACACUUCUUCACUUGUACUCGUAUAAGUACUCGUGCAAAAUACCUUAACCCCAGAUCAGAAUUUGUCACCGGCUGUUCCACAGUCCUCAGACCUCUCCAAUAAAUCCUCUCCCGAAGGACACGAUGCGAAUAUCCAUUGACCUAAAUAUAGCCCUCUCCCUAUCCAGUCCAACUACCGGCCCGCGCUCAUAGCUCCGAGUUAUCGGACUUAGCUGGGAACCGAGGGACCCAGACAACGCAGGUUACCGAGCCGUCCGUUCCUUCACCGGAACGUGAACCCAGUUACCAUACAAGCACAGUUCUAUACCUGCACUAGCCGACAUGCAGGAAGCAAAAAAAAAGGAUGAAAAAAGGGCCAUUUUCCUGGCAAAUGAUAUGAUACAUCAUUUCCGACCUUCCCCUGACCCGUUACUUUCCGUCCAAAUUUCGUUUCGUUUCACUUUCUUGCGUUCAGCCAAGAAGGAACCUGCACUUUGUUGAGCUGUAUUACCAAGGUGAAACCUUUUUUCCUUUUUCCUUUCUGUUGCCUUACUUGUCAUAUUCAACAAGCAUGCGGGGGUUUCGGGUAGUUGCUUGUCACGGUAUGUCACUCGAUAUUUAUCGCAAUCUGCAGGCUGCUGAAGAUGGAGGGGGGUGGGUGGGUGUCGAUGUGGUGUGGGUGGAAGGGAGGAUGGAGUUUGGGGGUCUAUGCAGCGUACAUUCCGGCUUACUUAUUAGAGGUUGAUUUUGCUCCGGCAGUGGCCCAUGGACGGAAUAUUUUCUUUACUCAAGUAUGAUAGUAGAGAAUUAAUAGUGGGCGGGGGGCAGUUGGGGGCGGCAUUGGUGGUCGAGGAGGUAGGGUCGAUGGAGUUUGCCCCGAUUCCGUGUUUGAGAGUAAUACUCCUGGUUGGGUUGGCGGGGGAUCGAGAGCCACGUGAGGGCUUCAUGAAUAGUCACCCGGUGGAAGAAUUUUGUUGUGGUGAAAGCUAAAAUCUAGUAUGUCGGGCUUGGGUGAAAAGUGGUUGGCGGUUCAAGAGUUUUUGGCGGACCAAUGGUGUUAGUGUCCGUAGCCUUCGCGGAGUAUUAGAAAUGGGCUUUUAGUUAAGGUGCGGCGUACUUUCACAAAUCUCACUUCCAAACCAUCUUCAAUU